AUGAAGAUAAUUGUCUCCAUAUUGGUUGUAGCCUCUCUUCUUCUAGUCACUUCAUCUCUUGCUUCGGCUACUGUCUCGGGUGGUGGUGAGGCGGUAGCUCCGGCGCCGGAAAGCAAAGAUGGAGCGGCGUUAGAGAAAUGGUGUGGAGGGAAGUGUGAAGGGAGAUGCAAAGAAGCAGGGAUGAAGGAUAGGUGUUUGAAGUAUUGUGGGAUAUGUUGCAAAGAGUGUAAGUGUGUUCCUUCAGGAACUUAUGGGAAUAAGCAUGAGUGUGCUUGCUAUCGUGACAAGCUCAACAGCAGAAAAACUCCCAAGUGUCCUUGA